AUGGUUGAUGAUUGUGGCCUGGCUGACCUCUGGAAAUUCCAUGAGAUGCAGAAGCCCACACAUGUGACUGUGAACUGCUGGUUCUGCAAUCAGGACACGGUAGUGCCGUAUGGGAAUCGCAACUGCUGGGACUGCCCCAACUGUGAGCAGUACAAUGGGUUCCAAGAGAACGGAGACUACAACAAGCCCAUCCCUGCUCAGUACAUGGAACACCUGAACCACGUUGUCUCAGGUGGUACAACUUUCUGUGAUCCUGCUGAACCGCAGCAGUGGGUGAGCAGCCAAAUUCUGCUUUGCAAGAAAUGCAACAACCAUCAGACCACGAAGAUCAAACAGCUGGCUUCAUUCUCACCCAGGGAGGAGGGCAAAUAUGAUGAGGAGAUUGAGGUGUAUAAGCACCAUCUGGAGCAGACCUACAAGCUGUGCCGUCCGUGCCAGGCUGCGGUGGAGUAUUACAUAAAACAUCAGAAUCGGCAGCUCCGGGCAUUGCUGCUCAGCCACCAUUUCAAACGCCGUGAGAGAGACAAGACCUAUUCGCAGAAUCUAUGUUCAUCCUCCUCUUCUGCUUCCAUAACCACACCAGCUCAGGUGAUAUUUCUGCGGUUUUUGGCCUUCCUCAGCUGUGCGUUCCUGGUUCUGAUGGCCUUGUAUGGGUCAGGCAACCCCUUCUCACUCAGUGCAGCAGUCCCUGCUCCGGGCUCCUCUGGUCCAGCAUCCGCUCAGAACAGGACUGGCACAAGCUCACAUGCAGACUUGGAAAAUGAGAGUGCCGUGACGGUGGCAGGCUGGCGGGAGCUGCUCCGCCUGCUCCCAGAACAGAUGGUGGAGAACCUGAGUGCUGCCUGGGCUUAUGGCAAGAAUCAUCAGAUGGCGGUUGCUGUCCUUGGGCUGCUCACCUGCCUGUUGGCCAUGCUCUUAGCUGGGCGGAUCAGGCUCCGGAGAAUUGAUGCGUUUGCCUCAGUCUUGUGGUUCGUAGUGAUGAGUCUGCAUUUAGCUGAGAGGUACCUGAAGACGGAAACACCCAGCUGGCUAGACACAGCCAAAUUUGGCACCACGUCCUUGUGCUGCUUGGUGGGCUUCACUGCAGCAGUAGCCACGCGGAAAUCAACGGGCCAUCGGAGAUACCGGCCCCGAAGGUCAGAGCCAGAGCAGUGA